AUGCCUACCGGCAAAGCGCCCAAGGGAGCGUGGCAAGCAUCUCCGGCGAGCGGCGGCGACCGCAUCGGCGCCCUCCCAGACGAAAUCCUGCGCCACGUCCUCUCCUUCCUCCCCGCGCAGCAGGCCGUGCAGACAUGCGUGCUCGCCCAGCGCUGGCGACACCUCUGGAAGUCAGCCCCUGGACUACGCAUCGUCGGCGCCGACGGGAAGGCGCCGGUGCCCUUCGAGGAGGUCCGGGAGUUUGUGGACAGCCUCUUGCUCCUCCGUGGAAGCUCGCCUCUGGAGACAUUUGAGCUCAAGGUCGCCGGAGCCACUGUUGACGUUCGCCACGUGAGGCUCUGGGUCAGGUACGCCGUGCAGUGCGAUGUCCAGGUCCUGCGGCUCAGCUUCCUUGGGGAUACCCAUGCUCGGCUUCGGCCGGAUGACCCACCCCUCGCCUCCAGGCACCUGACCAAGCUAGAGCUUUGCGGCCUAGUGUUCAAUGAAGAUUUUCUUGACUUCUCGAGAUGUCCUGAGUUGCAAGAUCUACAGAUUAAAGAUUGCAGCUUCAACCAUGCCAAAAGGAUCUCAUCCUUGUCCUUAAGGCAUCUAAGUAUCAAAAGAGCCACAUUCAACCGGAGUUCCCGAGCUCGAAUUCUUGCCCCGAAUCUUGCUUCAUUGUUCCUACAAGUCACUGCUGGCAGGACUCCUGUACUUGAGAAAAUGCCCUUGUUGGUUGAGUCUUCUCUUGCAAUCUGUGAGGUUUGUAAAGAUUGCUGCAGCCGCUCUAACUAUGGGGACUGUGGUGAUGAGAGCUGCGGAGGUUGCAUACGAGAUGACAGCGCCUCUGUGAUUUUGCAUGGUAUGUCUCAAGCAAAGUCUUUGGUGUUGAUAGCUUUCCCUGACAUGUUCAUUUUCAGAAGGGAUUUGAGACUUUGCCCUACUUUUAAUCAAUUGAAGUCUUUGACUCUCAAUGAAAAUUGGUGUGUUCCUGAUGAGCAUCCACUAGCAUGUAUUCUUCAACAUUCACCAGUUUUAGAGGAGCUUAUUCUUUUUCUAUAUUUCAAGAUGGAGGAAGAUUGUGUGGGAAUGAAAGGAAGGUUCAAUCCAAAGGAGCUACCACCAACCAUAUCAUCACACCUUAAGGGAGUUAAAAUCAUUUGUGGAGGGGUUGAUGGAAAUGUUCUUAAAGUUUUGAAGUUCCUGAGCAAACUUAACAUCAGUGGCACUCAAAAUUGCAUGUCAAAAACAAAAACACAAUUGUAUACCAUGAUACUUAUUUUGAAAAUUCCUGGAGCUUCAGUUCCUACAUGGUGUCGGAGCCAGGCCAGUGAUGGCGAGGGCGGCGGUGAGGAGGCUGAGGCUGGUGGUCAGGAGGUUGCCGCUGGGAAGGAGUUGGUGCUGCUGACGUGCACAUCGGGCGACUUGGCGCUGCGUGGUGGAAGGGGCGGUGGAGAGGCGUGUGCUCAAGUUUGUGCUGUGUGUGGAUUGGGAGCUGCUGCAGCAGCAGGAGGAGGAGGAGGAGAAAGCAAGCAAGAGCUAGAAGUAGCAGCACGGGAAGCAGCUGGACGGGAUCUGGAAGGAGAGGCAAGUUCUGAGGAGAUUGAGGAUGAGGCUCCAAGUUCGAGUAAGGAUGCUGUGAUUCACAUGGAACCAGUCAAGAAGAUAGAAUUGAUGCCAAAUGAUAUCAAGCUAGAGGGCACCAAAAAUUAUUUGGCCUGGUCUAGAAGGGCACUCCGUCUGUUGAAAGCGAGAAGGCUUGAAGGUUUUGUAAAUGGAGGAUCACCUGAGCCAGAAAAUAAAUGUAGUCCUGAAUGCAGUACAUGGGAUGCUAUUAAUUCCUUGGUAGCAGCAUGGAUGUUGAGUUCUAUGACUCCGGCCAUUGCUAGUACUGUUGAUACAAUAAUAAGUGCAGCUGAGAUAUGGAAAUCUUUGGAGAAGAUGUAUUCUGGGAUUGGUAAUGUGAUGUUGAUGGUUGAAAUAGAAGAUCGCCUCCAUGAUCUCAAACAGGGGGAGCGAUCUGUAGCAGACUAUGUUGCUGAGUUAAAGGGCUUAUGGGCUGAUGCUGAUUAUCUAAAACCCAUCGAAUUACCACACUCUGAAUGUGUUGCUUGGGUGAAGAAGUGGAUAGAAGAAAAAAGAGUCAUACAAUUUUUGAGGGGAUUAAAUCCAGAGUUUGAGGGUAGAUGCUCUACUAUGUUCCAUCAGCCUAGUCUUCCUAGCCCUGAGGAGGCUAUAGGCACUAUAACACGGGAGGAGUCUAGGCUAAAUGUGAUGAAAGGAAAUUCCUCCUCUCCAUCUACUCCCAUCUUUGCAGCAACAGGAGUUAAAGAGGACAGGAGGUGUUUCAAUUGUGGUGACCUUGGACAUUUGAUUCGUGAUUGUCCCAAGCCACUUAAGCCCAAUAGUGGAAGAGGAAGAGGCAGUAGCAGGGGUGCUCUAAGAGGUGGUAGAGGCCAUGGAGGUAGAGGUGGUUACAGGGCGAAUGUAGCGGGCACACAGGAGGAAUUUUCGAAGGCAAGCGAAGCUUCAUCAGUGGACCUUGAACUGAGGCAUGUGAAAGGAAAAUGUGGAAGACCUGAAGAUCAAGUCCAGGAGGCCCCUAGUGGCGACUUCAUCAACUUUGCAUAUAUAGAUGAAGGUAAUUAUGCCCAUGCAUCUAUUCCAACUCAAAUAUCAAAAUUAAAUUGGAUCCUAGAUUCAGGGGCAUCAAAGCAUGUCACAGGCACAUCAAGUGAGUUUGUUUCAUAUAUGCAAUAUCCCCCCACACGUAAAGAAACUACACAAACUGCUGAUGGUACAUCACAACCCAUUAAAGGUGUUGGCACAGUCCAGUGCACUCCAUAUAUCCAAUUAUCAUCAGUAUUGCAUGUGCCAGCCUUUCUAGUCAAUCUUAUAUCAUUAAGUGCUCUAGUUGAUCAGUUGGAUUGCCAAGUUAUUCUUGAUAAGGAAAAUUGUUUAAUUCAGGAAAGACGAAUAGGGAGGAAUAUUGGGAGUGCAACCAGGCAUAGUGGGCUGUGGUACAUGGACCGUGUGGGGACAAAUGAUGCUUUGUGUACUGUCCUAGCAGCAGCUGUUGGAGAAAAGGAAUCUAUGGUGAUGCUUUUGCAUUGUAGAAUGGGACACCUGUCCUUUGACAAAAUGUAUAAAGUCUUUCCUGAUGUAAUGUGUGGGGUGGAUAGAAACAAACUCUUUUGUGAUGCCUGUGAGUUUGCAAAACACACAAGGCCAUCCUAUGACAAAAGGGCUACAAAUGUUGGGAGUCCUAGUGAGCGAUGCUUGUUUGUUAGCAUGGAUGUGACAUUCAGGGAAUCAGUGCCCUUCUAUGGAGAGAAGACUGAUCUGAAUUUUUUGUCAAAGUUUGACUCUGUUGAAUCAGAUGAAAAAAUGGAAGUGGUGAUUAAGGGCUCGAAUUCCCAACCAAUAAUGGGAGAGAAGGAAAGUGGCUUGGAUUCAACUCUAUGUCAAGAGGAUAAUUCUAGAGCUGAUAACCCACGAUAUAAGGGUCCCUUGAAAGUGUAUACAAGGAGGAAGUAUAAAUCUCAGGAAGAGGUUCCCACAACAGCAACACCAACAACUCAUGAACAUUCUUCCUCGGCCUCUCAAGAGGCUGUUGAUGUAUCAUCGGCUCCGGAGACUGAGAUUGAAGACUCUACUUUAGAUGAUUUGCCCAUAGCAUUAUGA